AUGCAGAUCGAAUCCGUGGAUAUCACUGACAAAUCCGCAAUCCGAUCCUACCACAGUGUGGAUCGGAUAAUAUCCGCAAAAUUUGGAUCAGAUGCGGAUAAUUACCACGGAUAUGCAGAUAUUAUCCGAUCCAUGCAGCUGAAUUGUAACUUCUCUGAUGAGAAAAGAGUUGCUGAAGCGAAUUUGGAUUUGUUUGUUGGGGGAAGUGACACUGUUUCAACAACUAUUGAAUGGGCCUUUGCAGAGCUUGCUAAUAAUCCAAAGAUCAUGAAGAAAGUUCAAGAAGAGGUAAGAAGAAUUGUGGGUGAAAAAUCCAUGAUAGAGGAAAAUGAUCUAAAUCAAAUGAAGUACAUGAAGUGUGUAAUCAAAGAAACUCUUAGAUUACAUCCACCAGGUCCAUUUUUAAUUCCAAGAGAAACAGCAAAUAGUGUGGAAAUAAAAGGGUACCACAUUCCCAAAAAAGUAACCGUAUAUAUAAAUUCAUAUGCAAUUCAUAGAGAUCCUAAAUUAUGGGACAAUGCUGAAGAAUUUAUUCCUGAAAGAUUUGAAGGUAACCAACAAGUUGAUUAUAAGGUGAUAGAUUUUCAAUUGAUCCCAUUUGGUUUUGGGAGGAGGGGCUGUCCUGGAAUUUCAUUUGGGGUUGCUUCUUUUGAGUAUAUGAUGGCUAAUCUUCUCUAUUGGUUUGAUUGGAAGGUUCCUAAUAAUAAUAAUAAUAAUGGUGCAUUGAUAGAUAUGAGUGAGUUUAAUGGGUUGAGCGUUACCAAGAAACAACCACUUUAUUUGGAGCCAAUGCCUUACUUAAUUUGUUAA